AAAUUGAUUACAAGCGCUUUUGUGGAUGAGGAGAACCGAGAGAUAAACAACCUAUUAGUUUUGCUUCGGCUUUUGUUUUGUCUCUUGUUAAUACACGUCAUUUUACACGAUACAAAUAUUUCCCAUUACUUUGUAGGUAGCUUAAGAUUUAUUUCUCUGUUACAUUAAGGUUUACUACAUACAAUGAGUGAGUCGGAACAAGGCAACAAGGUCAAUGAAUUCGUAGGCAUUACUAAUGUAGACACAGAAAGAGCUAAAUUUUACUUGGAAAUGGCUGCCUGGAAUAUGGACUCAGCACUGGCUACCUUCUAUGACGAAGGAGCUGAUGAUGAACCAUUAAGCAAUAAUGCAGUGCAGGCUCCUUCUUCAAGACCAGCUGCUAUUUCAAACAGGGAUGCACCGGUAGCGAGUGCAUCAAGUUAUAAGCCAGUACCUAAACCGAAAAAAUGGCAACCACAAUCUAGAAUUAUGACAUUCAGUUCUUUGAGGAAUUCUGAGGUAGAAGAUAAAGAUAGUGAUGAUGAAGAAGGACAGAGAUUCUAUGCAGGUGGAUCAAUUACAAGUGGCCAACAAGUUAUUGGACCUCCACGUAACAAUGCAGAUGUUAUUACAGAUAUGUUUCAGACAGCACAGAAGCAUGCUACUACAGCAGCAAGCAGUAGCAGUACUGCUCACGAAAGUGGUGCAUCAAAUUUCUUUGGAACAGGUUAUAAAUUAGGUCAGACUGAAAAUGAUACAGAAGUAAUUCCAUCUCUUAACCCGACUUCUAAACGUUCAUCUCAUCAAGAAGAAGUUGUAUUAAAAAUAUGGAAAGAAGGAUUUACUAUCAAUGAUGGUGAACUGCACAGUAUUGAUCAACCAGAAAAUAGAGAAUUUUUACUUUUAGUUGCUAGAGGAGAAGAGAUUCCUCCAUUACUAUUGAAAGAAGCAAAUGUAUCUAGUGAGGAUGAACUUCAUGUUAGUGUCGAGGACCACAGAUAUGAAGAAUAUGUACCAACUAAACAAAAGAAGAAAGUUUUUGGAGGAUCUGGUCAUUUAUUGGGAAGCCCUGCACCAGAAGUUGUUGAAAAUACUGUUUCCAAAGAAACUUCUUCAGAUACUGGUGUUACUAACGAAGCUGCUGCUCGUGCAGAGGUUCCUUUAACACCAGAUGCACCUACCACUACAUUACAGAUCAGAUUAGUAGAUGGUACGAGACUGAUAGCUACAUUUAACCAUAAUCACACUAUCGGAGAUGUUCACCGUUACAUAAGAACUGCUAGAACUAACUUUGGUUCUACAUCAUUCAAACUACAGUCAUCAUAUCCUCCUAAGACAUUAGACAACAAUGAUCAAACAUUGUCAGAAGCUGGAUUACUCAAUACUGUGAUUUUUCAACGUAUUGGUUGAAAUAUUUUAGUCUUAUAUGUUUUUUUUAUUUU